UCAAAGCACUCGGGAACUCGCAACUGAAACAUGGUCAAGAAAGCUGCCGCCGCCGCUGCACCCAAGAAGACUGCUGUUACCGCGGCCAAGAAGCCUGCUGCUGCGGCUUCUGCACACAAGAAAGACGCUCCUGCUGCCGUGACCAAAAAGCAGGCAACUCCAAAGGCGGCUGCAGCUAAAAAGGCUGCGACCAAGGAGUCCGCUCCGAAGAAGGAGACUGCUGCUGUUGCCGCUAAGAAAGCGGUGGCUGCACCCAAGAAGGAAGUUGCACCCAAGAAGGAGACUGCUCCUGCUGCUGCCAAAAAAGCUGCACCUGCCAAGAAGGACACGGUGCCUGCGAAAAAAGCUGCACCUGCCAAGAAGGUAGCUGCCGCCAAAGCAGAACCCACGAAAAAGGUAGCUGCUUCCAAAAAGACAGAGACGCCGUCGGCUGUGGUGAAGGACAUCCCCAAGGCGACAGGAGCCGCAAAGGAAGUGGCCGUCGAGUCCAAAGCAGUCGAAGCCUCCGUCCCUGUGAAAAAGGCUGCUGCCGCCCCAGUCAAAAAGGCCGCUGCCACCAAGAAGGGUGGCAAGAAAAGCGUGGAGCAGCAAUUGGCCAAGUUGCAGGGAGCUGAGUGGGACUCGGACGACGAAGACGCGGCGAGCACCCCCGCGUCCAAGAAGGAACAACCGGAACUCAACUUUGAGGCCAAUGUGGACUUUGUGGAAUUGACAAAAAAGACCAAGCAAAAUCUGGCCAAGUCCAAAGGCGCGGCUGCUGCUGCCACCGAAGGCGCGGGGGCCACCCAGUCCAGCACGAUCUUCAUCGGUCGCAUCCCCCACGGGUUCUACGAAAAGCAAAUGCGUGGAUUUUUCAGCCAAUUCGGCGACAUCAAGCGCCUCAAGGUGUCGCGCAACAAAAAGUCGGGCAAGUCCAAGCACUAUGCGUUCAUCGAGUUUGAAGAAGCCGACAUCGCCCGCGUGGUCGCCGACACCAUGGACGGCUACCGUCUCUUUGACAAGAGCCUCAGCUGCAACGUGCUGCCGGUGGACAAGUGCCACGAGCGCAUGUUUAUUGGCGCGAACCGCACGUUCCGCCCGAUCCCGUACCGGAAGCUUGCCAUCCGGGAACACAAUGCGCCCAAGACGUUUGAGCAGCAAGAAGCCAACAACGCACGACUGCUCGCCAAGGAGUCGAUCAAGCGAAACAAAUUCAAGGCCCUCGGCAUCGAAUACGACUUUGAAGGGUACGCCGGCACGGCCCCCGCCAAGUCGUCGCAUGUCAAGUUUUAAACAUAGCAAAGAAUAUAAACUACUACUACUACUACUUUAUGUAUCUCGA